AUGUCCGGAAUCGAGAUCGUCGGCCUCAUCGGCUCCGUUGUGGGGAUCGUUCAAUUCAUUGGAGAGGUUUCCAACGCCCUCAAAAAUGCGAAGGAUCUUCCAGAAGCUUUCCAAGAAGUCGGUGACAGGAUAGCCCUUGUCCGCGAUAUCCUACAAAACGUCGAAAGACACAUCGAUGGUACGGCCGGUGACGGGACAUAUCAAGCCCUAAAAGCGAUCCUGGAGAACUGCAAGGAUAAAGCAAGCCAGCUGGAGAAUAUCUUCCAGGCUGUUGCUCCCUCGGACAAAACCCCCAGGCUCAAGCGCUACGCUUUAGCUGUGAAGAGCUUAGGUAAAGGAAAGCGAGUAGAGGUCCUGGCUAAGGGCAUGAUUGAAGACACGCAGCUGUUGGUGCUUGAGCACGCAGCCCAAGCGGCCACUGAAGACCAGUUAGCCAAGCUGGCUGAUGCAGUCGAGGUAUUAUCAGAAAUGGAACCUUCUUUGCCAGAGGAGGAAUCCAUCAGCCAGACCCACUAUGGUUCUGGUGAUAACGUUGCUGGGAACAAGUAUGGGGGCAAUCACAACGACAUCAAGGAAAUUCACGGCAAUCCUAUAUUUGGCAAUGUCACAAAUAACCAUGUCCAUCGCAAACCAGGAAAAGAACGGAGUCUUUCUGAACUCUGCCUAGGAUCAUUAGCCUUCGAAGGCAUGGACAGCCGACCGAUGGAGAUCAAGACUGAAACAGCGGGAACAUGCCAGUGGCUCCUCGGACAUAAGACGUUUAAGCAGUGGAAGUCUCUUCAUCAAUCGCUAUUAUGGAUCAAAGGAAAACCUGGCACUGGAAAGUCGACAUUACUCCGUUAUGCCCGCGACAAUUUCACAGCAGUAAAGAAGGAUAAAGACUCACCUCUUAUCCUUUCUUUCUUCUUCAAAGGUCGCGGUGUUGAACUUCAGAAGACUGCUGAGGGUAUGUUUCGGUCUCUUCUCUGCCAAAUUCAAAGUGAACUUCCAGAGGCACUCAAAGACCUUGAGGACGCUUUCAAGUGGCGUGAAGCAGCCGCUGGAGAAACUCGCGAAGCCUGGCAGUGGGCGCCGGGCAGCUUGUGCCAACACUUUCAGCGAUCCCUCUGGGUGGCCUUGAAAACCCGUCCAGUGGUUUUAUUUAUUGACGCCCUGGAUGAGUCUGGCGAAAAGAAUGCCAAGCUCAUAGCAGAUGAGUUCAACUCCUUGAUUCAGAGAGCUUCGGUGAGCCAUUUGAAAUCGCUGCAUAUUUGCUUCACCUGCCGUCAUUAUCCUAUUCUUGACCUGGGAGGAACGCUUCAAUUAUUCAUGGAGAGGGAGAACAAGAGGGACAUAUCAAUGUUUGUGGAGAGCAAGCUUUCUUCAUUCAGUGAAACGACAGAGUCCAAGCUCGCACAAUACAUCUCAAAUCAUGCCGAAGGGGUUUUCCUUUGGGCAUGCCUCGUUGUGAACAAAGUCUUGCAACUCGACAGAGAUCGAAUCGAAAUAGAAAAGAUAGAAGCCGAAGUGCACAGAAUUCCUCCGACGUUAGAUGAGUUCUACAAAGAAGUGGUCCAAAACAUGAACUUGGGCUCUGCUGGCCUUAUCGAUUGGAUAUGCUUUGCAUCGAGACCUCUGACAAUUACGGAACUCCGUUGGGCUAUCACACGUUCUGACACCUCAAAUGAUUCCCAAGUUCAAUCAAGUCGAGAGACGUAUCCAUGCAACGAUGCAGGAAUGCGUAAGGACAUUCAAAUACUCGGCCGUGGGCUUCUAGAGUAUCAGCCAGAGACGAAUGUAGUUCAGUUCAUCCAUCAGUCUGUGAAAGACUUCUUUGUUACAAAGGGUCUACGACUACUCAGAAAUAUCACUGGUCCAGAAUCAGUUGCGGAAAGCGCACACUAUCGUCUAUUGUUGACCUGUUUGCGGCACUGCGACACGACAAUGGAAACGCCCGAACUACCUAAAAGUCAAAAUGGUAUUAGAACCAUGUUUCCCUUUUUACACUAUGCUGCAACCUCUUGGAUAUUUCACGCUACAAACAUAUCCGGUAAUGACCAGGAAACCUUUUCUUGGCCUUCGAAUGCCGUCUUAAAAAGACUUUUGGACAUUGCCCGACUGUUAGCUCCUUCAACUUCACCAGUGGACGGCACAACGAUGCUCCACAUCAUGUCAAAAGAAGGAAUGGAAAUGGCUCUAAGAGGCAUUUUGAAGCCGGGACAUUGUUUGAAAAUUGCCAUCAAUGCCAGUGAUUACUACGGUCGAACACCACUUUCCCUUGCCGCUCAAUAUGGCCACAGGACUAUCUUGGAAAUGCUACUUGCAAAUGGGGCUAACAUCGAAGGAACAAGUCGUUACAUACCGCUAACCCUCGCCAUAGAGGGUAGGAAGAUUGACAUUGUCGAUACAUUGCUUACGAAUGGCGCCAAAGUGGAGUAUGACUAUGUUGCUUGGCAUACUUUUGAGCCCCUUGUUGGAGGUACCGCCGUUCAAUUCCUGACUUUAGGGAAUGGCUUCCAAGGUCUAGUGUCAGCUGAUGGUCAUUGA